GGAUGCAAGUUUAGGAGGAGUUACUCUCCUGUUGCUCUUCUUCCUACGUCUUUUUUCUUCCCAAACGCUUUUCUCAUCCACAGAGUCGCACUGCGCGCUCACAGUCACAGAGUUUUUGUCCUGCUAAAGUUCGCCUGUGCUGACAAAGUAAACAGAUUCUGGGAGAUGAGCCAAACUAACCGGCAGUUAUCUUGUAGUGCACUGUGGCCAAGAGGGGAGAAAAUAAAGGCAGACUGCGGAGUGCGCGCUCCCAGCAUGGCGCUGAAAACUGAGGAAAGUCGACUGUAUCUGAGCUCAAAGUCGAGGGGAAGCAGGUUCAAAGAGAGGGAGAACUCCGAGGCGGAUGGAUACGGAGCCGGGCAUGUCUCUGUGCGAACCUGUGAAAUGGAAAGGCAGUGGUCCCCGUCCCAGGCAGCUGCUGCGCCCCAUGACGACCUCCUGAAGCCGGAGUGCUCCUUUUCUGCCUGCGCCACAAUCUCAGAAACCGCCCGGGAGCUGUGCAACGCCGUGUCCGUGUCUCUGGGUCUCACCAUGGAGUCCAGUGGAGACACCAGCGACGCAGAGUCUGCUCUGCUCCCGUGUACAGCCAGCGAACCGCGAGGCUCGGACUAUUUAUUCAACGGGCAGCACGCUGUGGCUGACUACAGGUGUCAGGGUAAGCCAGUGGGCUACAAAACUUCUGAAAACACAGCUCAGAUGCAUCACCUCGAUUCUUCACGGAUCCCAAGCAGCGAGCCAAACUUCUCCGUUUGUGAAUCUGGCAAUGACCUAACUUCUAAAGACACUCUGGAGAGCACGCUCGCCAUCCCGUGUCCGUACGCGCCCAUCAUGCCCGAUAACCUGGGACACAGAGUGAUAGAGAGAUCCUGCAGAGGUUACAAGCUCCCAGGCGACUCCAGCAGCCGCGGAGGGUACCACGCGGAGGACUAUGUCAGAGUCAAGUCUGAGGACAUGUGGCUCGGAUACCACAGCUACAGUGACAAGAGUCUGUGGGCUCCGAGGCACCGCACCGUGAGCACGCCGCACGCUGCAGCUGCAAACACGGCUUUCGUCUGCAGCCCGGAGCAGUGGUACUCUGCAGGAGUGCUCAGGACCAACUACCCCAGCUCCAGCUACAUGAAGCCCGAGGUGGGAGAGUGGCUGGACGUGGCAUACAACGACACCAGGUUUGAAGGGAGUAGAGAGCACAUGUUCCCCAUGGAGUUCUUUUUCCCCCCUCAGAGGACCUGCCUGAUCUGCUCUGAUGAGGCGUCCGGCUGCCACUAUGGGGCGCUCACCUGUGGCAGCUGCAAGGUCUUCUUCAAGAGGGCAGCAGAAGGCAAGCAGAAGUACCUGUGUGCCAGUAAAAAUGACUGUACAAUCGACAAGCUCAGGAGGAAGAACUGUCCCUCGUGUCGCCUGAAGAAGUGUUUUGAGGCUGGGAUGACACUGGGAGCUCGUAAACUGAAGAAGAUUGGACAGCAGAAGAGCACAGAGGACGAGGGUUCAGUCCAGGACGCGGCUGAAACGAUCCCUAACAUCUCGCCCAAGUCCGACCUGAGCUUCAGUUCUCAGAUGGUCUUUGUGAACAUCCUGGAGUCCAUCGAGCCGGAGGUGGUGAAUGCGGGACACGACUGCGGACAACCCGACUCGGCGGCGUCGCUCCUGACCAGCCUCAAUGAGCUCGGAGAAAGGCAGCUGGUCAAAGUGGUGAAGUGGGCCAAAGGGCUGCCAGGCUUCAGAAACCUGCAUGUAGACGACCAGAUGACUGUGAUCCAACAGUCCUGGAUGGGUGUCAUGGUAUUCGGUUUGGGCUGGAGGUCCUACAAGAACGCUAAUGGCCGGAUGCUUUACUUCGCUCCUGAUCUGAUUUUCAAUGAACACCGGAUGCACAUCUCCAGUAUGUACGAGCACUGCAUCCGCAUGAGACACAUGUCCCAGGAGUUUGUGCUGCUGCAGAUUACUCAGGAGGAGUUUCUGUGCAUGAAGGCCCUGCUCCUCUUCAGCAUCAUUCCUGUGGAGGGUUUGAAGAGUCAGAAAUACUUUGAUGAACUGCGUCUCACCUACAUCAACGAACUUGACCGAGUCAUUAACUAUCAAAUGUCCAACAACUGUUCUCAGCGCUUUUACCAGCUUACACGACUCCUCGACUCCCUGCAGAUGACGGUGAAGAAGCUGCACCAGUUCACCUUUGACCUUUUCGUCCAGGCUCAGUCGCUGCCCACAAAGGUCAGCUUCCCUGAGAUGAUUGGAGAAAUCAUCUCCGUACAUGUACCAAAGAUCUUGGCAGGUUUGGCCAAACCGAUCUUAUUUCAUGAGUAGAGGAGCGCUGCUAUCAUCUGAAGUGACUCAUCCUUCGUAAACUUUAAUGAUGGCUUUGUACUGUUUGCUACAUCUUCAAUCUAAUGGCUCUGAGUGUUGUUUUGCAAUUAUUCCAGUGCUCUUUUCCAUUUUUCCAUAAUUGAGAUGGUUUGUUUAAGCUUUUAUCUGAAGUGCUGCGAGGCCUCACCUGCUCCCACUGAAGCUGGAGACACUCUUCACGGUACACAGUUACCUGCCCACCGUGAGCAGGGUUAAACACAUGGCUGCCAUUUACAACACAUUUGUCAAAUCACAACAUCAUCUUUUAAAUAUUAAGGACAGGCCAGAACAAUUCAGACAUGGAUCUGCAAUAUAGGUUUGAUAUAAUUGCUGCCUUCUGGUGCUCUUUUGAGGCAACAUUUAACAACAAUGCAUGAUGUAUUUGCCUUGUUGUCAGUUCAAAUAUUUGAUCGUUUUUAGUCCUGCUUAUAUUCACCCUUGGACUUGAGAGGCAUCUGACUGCUUCUCUCUGGUUUUGUAUUCUCAUUUAACUCUCAUAUCAUUUACACUCUGAACUAUAAAUAACUCUGUUGUCAGUAGUGGAUCUUAUAAAUACCUUUUAGAUUAAUUUGUAUUGUACAUAUAUGUCCUGUUACUUUUACUUACGAUAUAAGCUGUGCAUAGGCUUCUUGUAAUAUUUGCUCUUAUUCAUUCUUAAAUCACUAUUAACUGUUGGGAACAAUCACAACAUUAACCACAGUGGAGGCAGCAUUUACAACUUAUCACAUUUUAUCAGUGAUGUUUUUCAAGACAUGACAUGUGAUAAAAGGAAGUGGGUGGAGCCUUGUAGCAGCCAUACAACUAAAACCUCACAUUGUAUCUUCUGAUUGGUUUAUUCUGUUAUAUUCAAUGUAAUUGUCUGGUAUUUGUGCUAAGCCAUGUAUAAUUGUAAUCAGGAUUUAAAAUAUGGCUCUUAGAUCAAGUGCUUCGUCUUCAACAUGAUUUGCCUUUAAAGUUCUCCCUGUUGGACUGAGCCAGAGACACAUGCUUACUAAUCCAAACAACACACAUGAUGCACUGGCAUAUGUGAAGAAUUACUGUAGUUUACACAAAUCGAGCAUAACAUUAUAACCACUGGCCUCUCCAAUUGUAUUUAGGGCGAGACUUUACAGGCAUCUGUCUAAUCUUCACCUAAAAAAGUGUCAUUAUUUCAUUGAAACAAUUUGGAUCCAUAGAUAUAUGGGAAACUUCAGAGGUGUUUUUUUUUUUUAAAUAAGCAGUUUUCCAGAUGGACCUGCCUACACCAAACUCCAAUUUUGUACUUAACAAAAUUUUGACAGAUCAUGUAAAAUGAUUUGUUGAUAUCUAAUUCUAAGCCUGAUUUAUUAGUUUUAACUCCAAAAAUUGAAAGUUGAAUUGUUACUUUAAUGCUAAAUAAGAUAUCCAAAAUCUCCUGUGUAAUUUUUGUCAUUCACAUCAGAGUAAUUAAUUAAUUCAAUCGUAUAGCAACAUUUUGCACAUAAAAUACAUUUUUAUAUAUGAAGAGAUUACAUUAAAGAGAACUUCGAAUGAGGUUUAAAUAGAUUUAAGAUCGUUUCUAUUUUCCUGCAGUCUCACAUUCAACACAAACUCUACAACAGCUAAAAUUGCUCUAAUGCAAAUUAUUGUGAUAUUUUGUUAUAGUAAAAAAUACAGGAUAAUUCACUUUGUAUCAUUUUGCCACGACCAAUAAUAGGCAAGAGGCCAUAAUGUUAUGCUUCAUGAAGUUAAGCUCACUCUACGUAUGAUUUAGGUGCUGAUGUUCAGUUAGUUUUAAAGCUACAAAAUAUAAGGCAACUCAAAUAAACAUUCAGUGUUUGUAUAUGAUCUUAUUGUGAUUUCUGGUGAUUUUUGUAUAGCUGUUACACUUUUAGACCACAGAUGAACAUUUUCUUGGUCUGGUGCCUUGAAUUAUAUAUUUCAUUUGUUUUUGCAUUUGUCGUUCCGAUGGUUCAGCUUGAGAAAUUAAAAGCUUUAGGCGUGACCUGUUUAGACAAAGGCUGAAUAGAUGAGGGCCAUACAAGUCAUGGCUCGAUUAGCCUGAGCGGUGUUGAUGGAGUCAUGGGUUUGGGAGGGAAAAGAGAGAGAGGCGCUUUGAGGAGGGAUGCGGUGUGUUUUGGCUGCCAAGAGACUUAGAUUAGGGCAGCCCCUCUGUGCCAACGGGACACGUCCUGCCAACUCCAGACUGGACCAACUUCAGUGUAAAAUGUCUUGAAUGAAGCAGCCAAAAAUGAAAAAAUCUGAGGAAUGCCUCACAGAUACCAACAAAAAUGGACAAAUCUUUUGCGUUUCAUUUAAAAUUGUAAUAAUUAUUUAAUCAGGAAGACAUUUGAAGAAAGGUUAACUUGAGGCAUGUGCAUACAAACUUGGACAACCACAGGACUGUCUUUUGUACAUUAUCAAAAAAAAAGAGAAAACAACAAAAAUCUGCAGCUUGUUUAGCAUCAUACUUUGAUGUUUCUAUCUCCUAGUAACAAAGCCAAGCUUGUAGUUGCAUGUAUUGUGCUUGUUUUAAUUCUGUGUACUGAUAACUCUGCAUGGACACCAUUUUUACUCUUUACACAGGACAGGCAUAAUAAAAUCACCUAAUGGAUAUCAUUUGUUUGAGGCAGAUGUGUUGUGGGAGAUUGUUCAGGACAGUGGUUGUCAAACUGUGGUUCACAUACAGCUGGUCUUACACAACAAUGUAAAGUACUCUGGACAAUUCUUAACUAUUAUUCAUCUGUAUUCAUAUCCGUUUGAAGUCAUGUUUAGUGUUUCUGUAUUUUACUGUACACAUGGGGUUUAUGCAUUCACCCUUCAGUGCUUUUUGGACCUGUACUUGUUUUAAGUGAAAGUAAAAUAUGUGAGGUAUACUUAAGGUAAAACACCACUGUUUGAGAACCACUGAUCAGGUCAACAGAUGUUAUCACUGUACAAUCACAAUCUACAAUCAUUGUCCAUGAAUGUACAGAAAAAAAAUUAAACCAGUUAACAGAUCAAACAGAUGCAAUGUUUAAUGUGAAAACCAUUGUAAAAAUAUCAAAUGCCUUUGCCUUUUUGCAGUCCCUAAUUGCACUAUAAAUCGCUGUUCUACUUUUAAAUGAAUGCUUUUUGAUGCUGUUGUAUCUUUAUGCGUUGCACUGGGAGACCAUUUGGACAUAUGUCCAGCUGCCCUUUGUGCCCGGUGAACUGCAUAUCUGCUGCCAUAUAGCUGUAUAUAUUGAUCAGUGUCUAUUUUGAUGUCCAAACUUGACUUUCAAAGACAUUUCUUGUAUGAUUUAUAACUUUGUGAAUUGUGUCUUUUACAAUGUUUUUUUCAAAAGGUGUAAAAGCUGCAUCAUCUUUUAAACACAAUAAAAAUGAACUUCUUAAAUCC